AUGCCGCGCGCAAAAAGCGAUGGCGCCGCGAAGAAGUCGCCCGCAGUGCCGCGUCCCAGUUCGAGUGUGAUCCUCGUCUCCCCCAAAAACGAGAUUCUGCUCCUUCACCGGGUGCAGACAUCCAGCUCUUUUGCAUCUGCCCAUGUGUUUCCGGGCGGUAACCUGUCCAGCCAGGAUGGAGAAUGCCCGCCUCCUGAGGCCCGGACGCGGCACGAUGAUGCUCCUUGCUACCGACGUGCUGCGAUCCGGGAACUCUUCGAGGAGAGCGGUGUUCUCCUCGCCAAAGAUGCAGGGUCGGGGAAGAUGAUCGCUGUCAACGAGGAGGCGAGAGAAAAGGGCCGGCGCCUCAUUCAUCAGAAUAAGAUUAGCUUUGCGGAGUGGUUGAAGCAGCAAAACUCGGCUGCUGUGCCGGAUAUCGAUAAAUUGAUUCCAUUCACUCAUUGGGUGACCCCACCCAACGUGCCGAAACGGUAUACCACGCAAAUGUACCUCUACUUCAUGCCCCUGCCCGUCAACGUGGACGAAAGCCUACUCAAGCAACUGCCCUCCGAAGGUGAACGCGACGAACUGCAAAUCCCCACCUCAGACGGCGGCGUCGAGGUAACAGAAGCGCAAUUCCUGCCCGCCUCGGAAUGGCUCCGACGCGCACGCAGCGCGGAGAUCAUUCUCUACCCACCGCAGUUUCUGCUCCUGCACCUGGUCUCGGAGUUUCUAGAUCAGGAGCCUCGGGCGAAUACUUCCGUCGAGGAAAUGGAGAAGCGCCGCACGGCGCUGGUUGACUUUGUGCAUUCGGGCUCGCCGCCUUGGACAGAUAAGUUCAUCUCGCCGAAGAUGAUCACUAUGACGGAGGAUGGACGCUCCGUUCUGGGGCUAGAUGAUUCUGGACUUGAACUUAAGGGGUUGGGGAAGCAGGGCGAGUCCGAGAGGGUUGUUACGGUGCGGUUUACGAAGGGGAGUGUUAGAGAGGUGAAUGUGGGCUGGAGGAAGGAGGUGUUGCGCGAGGAGCGGGAGAAGAGUAAUUUGUAG